CGGCCGAUUGCUCAAAUUAAUUGCUUCGACCAACUAGCGCCUAAUUUUUAAAAUGACCGCGGCCACCUCCGUACUGCCAAAGGAACCACUCACGGUGAACGAAGUCGAAUACGAUUUCGAGAAUUUCGCGUUGGAACAUGGGAUUCCCGAAACACUCGAUCCCCUGCCGUAUCGCAAGGAAGGUUCCGUUUUUGCGACUGGCGACGAAGCCAAGCCCGUCUUGACGUCCGCAAAACAUGAUCCUCGCUUACGUACGGUUGUGUGCCGCCAUUGGCUGCGUGACUUGUGCAUGAAAGGAACGGCGUGUGAAUUUCUGCAUCAGUACGACUUGUCGAAAAUGCCACUUUGCCGACACGGGGAACGCUGCAAAAUCAAGGACUGCCCCUUUCGACAUAUCAGUGAAGCGAAUCGCAUGGAAUGUGUUUUUUAUUCCCAAGGAUUUUGUAUCCACGGACCAUUUUGUCGUUACAAGCAUAUUCGACGAGCUCGGGAAGAUCUUCCGGCAGUGGCUGAUUUCACUUUAGGUCUCUCGCAAAUGCAAGCUUCGAAAGAUGGAGAAAAAGUUACGAAACGAACAGCACCCAAACCUAACGAAUUUUACAAAAUCUCCUUAUGCAAACACUUUCUGCAAGGUUCCUGUCCAUUUGCGGAAAACUGUCAUUUUGCACACGGUGAAUCGGAACUAAGAAAAUUUCCACGCAAAGAUGAAAACGAAGAGGAAGGCGAUGGUGGCGACGAGCUGACAGACAACAUGUUUGUCAACCAAGACACCACUACAAUUGAUUACUUCCAGGGAGGGGCAAGUGGCGGCGGGAAACCCAACCCGAUCCUAGAACCAGAUCAAGCCAAGUUUUACAUCGUACGCGCCGCCACUCAUCACGAUCUAGCCAUUAGUACCGUCCAAAACGAGUGGUAUCUGCAGCGAAAACAUGCACAAGCAAUGAAUGCGGCGUAUCAAGAUGGGAAACACCAGGUCAUGAUUUUUUUCACCGUCAGUGACUCGAAUCAUAUUCAGGGCGCAGCCUUGCUGACCGCACCAGGCGUUUACCAAAAAUCGUCGGACAAUGGAAAGGAUCCUUUUUGCCACCGAAUUUCCUUGGAAUGGUUCCGCACAACGGAACUCCCAAUUGAGACUGCACUAGGUGUUGCUUCUGAUCUAUUGCUUCCAACAAGUUCUACGCAGUAUUGUCAAGACAUGUCUAGCACCACAGGAGAAUCGCUCAUGAAAGCCAUCUGGAAUGCUCCGCUGGUCACGCUGUUCGAAUCCUGGUCCGGCGAGCAAGAACCGCCAACACCGGACGCUCUCUUGACGGAUUUCCGAGCACCGACGGAUCCCGCAUGGCCAACCAUUCCUGGACCGGGUUUUAUUUUUGGCUGUUCGUCUGACACAAUGGACGAGUGUCUCGGCCUUGGUAUUUUUGGCCUCCCUAGUCACAUGAAGGCGGCGGCGUCGUCGAUCCGACCGGGAGCAUCCAUAUUUCUUUUCAAUGUGACCGAUCGAUUAUUGUUUGGUAUCUUUGAAGCCUUAACGCAUGCAAAAAUGAAUAUCGAGCCCUCAGCAUUCUCGAAAAAUCCCAAAGCUGUAUCUUCUCCUUUUCCCGUACAAAUUCGCGUCCGUAUAAGCCUCGAAUGCCCGCCUUUGGAGGACACGGACGCAAUUUUAAACGAUAUUCUGCGAUCCCGUGGUCAGGGGAGAAUUGGGCCUUUGACACAUCCACAGACAGAGGCAGUCGCGUCCUUGUUGGCAAAUCAAUGUGGUGCGCUAUCGUACAUGCUUGAAUACCAACAGGGUAUACAAGAAGGUGUUCCUGUAAGGGCUCCUCCAAUCGCACUACCGCCUUACAAGCUUUCCAAGACGAUUUGA